UGUUAUCACCACAACAGCAGAGCCUGCCAUCCCCAGCAGAUCUACAGUCAGCCCCUGACAUCACCCCCUCCCUUGUCUCCCUCUGUGGCCUCCUAAAUGCCCAUCCCAUUGGCCUGGGUUCAGCUGGUGGUAUGGAGGGGUGCUGCCUAGCACUGACCUGGGAUUGUGUGUGACCCACUGACCCAAUGGACAUCAAAGGCCAGUUCUGGAAUGAUGAUGAUUCGGAGGGAGAUAAUGAAUCAGAGGAAUUUCUCUAUGGAGUUCAGGGGAGCUGUGCGGCUGACCUAUAUCGACACCCACAGCUUGAUGCAGACAUUGAAGCCGUGAAGGAGAUCUACAGUGAGAACUCUGUAUCCAUCAGAGAAUAUGGAACUAUCGAUGACGUGGACAUUGACCUCCACAUCAACAUCAGCUUCCUCGAUGAGGAAGUCUCUACAGCCUGGAAAGUCCUCCGAACAGAACCUAUUGUGUUGAGGCUGCGAUUUUCUCUUUCCCAGUACCUUGAUGGACCAGAACCAUCAAUUGAGGUUUUCCAGCCAUCAAAUAAGGAAGGGUUUGGGCUGGGUCUUCAGCUGAAGAAGAUCCUGGGUAUGUUCACAUCCCAACAAUGGAAACAUCUCAGCAACGAUUUCUUGAAGACCCAGCAAGAAAAGAGGCACAGUUGGUUCAAGGCAAGUGGUACCAUCAAGAAGUUCCGAGCCGGCCUCAGCAUCUUCUCACCCAUCCCCAAGUCUCCCAGUUUCCCAAUCAUACAGGACUCCAUGCUGAAAGGCAAACUGGGUGUACCCGAGCUUCGAGUUGGGCGCCUCAUGAACCGUUCUAUCUCCUGCACCAUGAAGAACCCCAAAGUGGAGGUGUUUGGCUACCCUCCCAGCCCCCAGGCAGGUCUCCUGUGCCCCCAGCACGUGGGCCUCCCUCCCCCAGCACGGACCUCUCCUUUGGUCAGUGGUCACUGCAAGAAUAUCCCUACUCUGGAAUAUGGAUUUCUUGUCCAGAUCAUGAAGUAUGCAGAGCAGAGGAUUCCAACGUUGAAUGAGUACUGCGUGGUGUGUGAUGAGCAGCAUGUCUUCCAGAAUGGGUCCAUGCUCAAGCCAGCCGUCUGUACUCGUGAGCUGUGUGUUUUCUCCUUCUACACAUUGGGAGUCAUGUCCGGAGCUGCAGAGGAGGUUGCUACUGGAGCAGAGGUGGUGGAUCUGCUGGUGGCCAUGUGUAGGGCAGCUUUGGAGUCCCCUAGAAAGAGCAUCAUCUUUGAGCCUUAUCCCUCUGUGGUGGACCCCACUGAUCCCAAGACUCUGGCCUUUAACCCCAAGAAGAAGAAUUAUGAGCGACUUCAAAAAGCUCUGGAUAGUGUGAUGUCCAUCCGGGAGAUGACCCAGGGCUCAUAUCUAGAAAUCAAGAAGCAGAUGGACAAGCUGGAUCCCUUGGCCCAUCCUCUCUUGCAGUGGAUCAUCUCUAGCAACAGGUCACACAUUGUCAAACUACCUCUCAGCAGGCAGCUGAAGUUCAUGCACACCUCACACCAGUUCCUCCUGCUGAGCAGCCCUCCUGCCAAGGAGGCUCGGUUCCGGACCGCCAAGAAGCUCUACGGCAGCACCUUUGCCUUCCAUGGGUCCCACAUUGAAAACUGGCAUUCGAUCCUGCGCAAUGGGCUGGUCAAUGCAUCCUACACCAAACUGCAGCUGCAUGGAGCAGCCUAUGGCAAAGGCAUCUACUUGAGCCCCAUCUCCAGUAUUUCCUUUGGAUACUCAGGAAUGGGAAAAGGACAGCACAGGAUGCCCUCCAAGGAUGAGCUGGUCCAGAGAUAUAACAGGAUGAAUACCAUCCCCCAGACCCGAUCCAUUCAGUCAAGGUUCCUGCAGAGUCGGAAUCUAAACUGUAUAGCACUUUGUGAAGUGAUUACAUCUAAGGACCUCCAGAAGCAUGGGAACAUCUGGGUGUGCCCUGUGUCUGACCAUGUCUGCACACGGUUCUUCUUUGUUUCUCCUGGACCCAGGACCUCAGCAGCCAUGUCAAAGCCCCAUAGUGAUGUCGGGACUGCCUUCAUUCAGACCCAGCAGCUGCACGCAGCCAUGGCUGACACGUUCUUGGAGCACAUGUGCCGCCUGGACAUUGACUCGCCACCCAUCACGGCCCGUAACACGGGCAUCAUCUGUACCAUCGGUCCGGCUUCCCGAUCUGUGGAGAUAUUGAAAGAGAUGAUUAAAUCUGGAAUGAAUGUGGCUCGUCUGAACUUCUCUCAUGGAACUCAUGAGUACCAUGCUGAGACCAUCAAGAAUGUGCGUGCGGCCACGGAAAGCUUUGCUUCUGACCCUAUUCGUUACCGGCCAGUUGCUGUGGCCCUGGACACCAAAGGACCUGAGAUCCGAACUGGGCUCAUCAAGGGCAGUGGCACCGCAGAGGUGGAGCUGAAGAAAGGAGCCACUCUCAAGAUCACCUUGGACAAUGCCUACAUGGAAAAAUGUGAUGAGAACGUCCUGUGGCUGGACUACAAGAACAUUUGCAAGGUGGUGGAAGUGGGCAGCAAGGUCUACGUGGAUGAUGGGCUUAUCUCUCUGUUGGUGAAGGAGAAAGGUGCUGACUUCCUGGUGACAGAGGUGGAGAAUGGUGGCUCCCUGGGGAGCAAGAAGGGUGUGAACCUUCCUGGGGCUGCUGUGGACUUGCCUGCUGUGUCAGAAAAGGACAUCCAGGAUCUGAAAUUUGGGGUAGAGCAGGAUGUAGAUAUGGUGUUUGCAUCUUUCAUCCGCAAGGCAUCUGAUGUCCAUGAAGUUAGAAAGGUCCUGGGAGAAAAAGGGAAGAACAUCAAGAUAAUCAGCAAAAUCGAGAAUCAUGAGGGAGUUCGGAGGUUUGAUGAAAUCCUGGAAGCCAGCGAUGGGAUCAUGGUGGCUCGUGGUGAUCUAGGCAUUGAGAUUCCUGCAGAGAAGGUCUUCCUUGCUCAGAAGAUGAUGAUUGGGAGGUGCAACCGAGCUGGGAAGCCUGUCAUCUGUGCGACGCAGAUGCUGGAGAGCAUGAUCAAGAAGCCCCGUCCCACCAGGGCUGAGGGCAGUGAUGUGGCCAAUGCGGUCUUGGAUGGAGCCGACUGUAUCAUGCUUUCUGGAGAGACCGCCAAAGGGGACUACCCCCUGGAGGCUGUUCGCAUGCAGCACCUGAUAGCUCGUGAGGCUGAGGCAGCCAUGUUCCACCGCAAGCUGUUUGAAGAACUUGUGCGAGGCUCAAGCCACUCCACAGACCUCAUGGAAGCCAUGGCCAUGGGCAGCGUGGAGGCUUCUUAUAAGUGUUUAGCAGCAGCUUUGAUAGUUCUGACGGAGUCUGGCAGGUCUGCUCACCAGGUGGCCAGAUACCGCCCCCGCGCCCCCAUCAUUGCUGUGACUCGGAAUCACCAGACUGCCCGCCAGGCCCACCUGUACCGCGGCAUCUUCCCUGUGGUGUGUAAGGACCCAGUGCAGGAGGCCUGGGCUGAGGAUGUGGACCUUCGGGUGAACUUGGCCAUGAAUGUUGGCAAGGCCCGAGGCUUCUUCAAGAAGGGAGAUGUGGUCAUUGUGCUGACCGGGUGGCGCCCUGGCUCCGGCUUCACCAAUACCAUGCGUGUAGUGCCUGUGCCAUGACAGGCCCCAAGAGCCCCUUCUCCAGCCCCGUCCCAUCCCCUUCCCCCAACCCAUCCAUUAGGCCAGCAAUGCUUGUAGUGCUCACUUGGGGGUUGUAAUGUGGCACUGGUGGGCUGGGAUGCUAGGGAAGAAGAUUAAUGCCUCUGAAACAUGACUCUUUAAGACCCUGUUCGGGUGAGGUAACCCAGAGCUGGGUUGCACAUCAUGUGACCCCACCCAAGCCAGGGAUGAAGGGAGUUUGCAGGAUUGGAAGCCCCAGAGCUUAACAGAGGGCAACCGCUCCUGCAUCUCCUUUUUGUGUAUUCCAUUCAGUUCCUAUAGAAAAUGGAUACCCAGACAACUCCCACCCCUGGCCUGGCAUCGAGAGACCGCCAGCAAGAGUUGUGGCAUAGGGCAGUGGUUCCAGUUUAAGGAGACUGGCCUGGGCCCUUCCUUGCUCCCCCAUCCCCCUCAGGCUCCCCUUGUCGUGCAUUGUGCACUUGUGUUCCUACACUCCACUCAGCUGUUGCAGGCAAAUGCCCCCCACCCUCCAUUUUCCCCACUACUGCAGCCACCUCCCAGCCUAUUGCUAUAGAGCCUACCUGUGUCAAUAAACAACAGCUGAAGUA